AUGGUCUCGGUUACUGACACGGUGAACUACACCGCCCCGCCCGACCCCGCCGCCCUCAUUGGCCGCGAACGGGCCCAGAACGCCUGGGACCCCGUCAAGAUGAACUGGUUCUUGGAAGGCUCGAAAAAGAACUCGGAAACCAUCGCCAUGAUCACUGAACAACUUGAGCGUGACCCCAUCAUGAAGGUGUCCGCCAACUCCUACGACUUGACCAAGGACCAGCAGCGUGAGGUCACUGCCUUGAAGAUCGACCGCAUGACCCGCUACUUGGAGCUCGACGACGAGUUCACCUUCGACAUGAGAUUGCUGAUGAUCGGGAUCAUGGACCCGCAGUCGCUUACCCGUCCCGGGGUCCACUUGAAGUUGUACAUCCCCGCCAUCAGAGGCAACGGGACCGCCGAACAGCUCAAGUUCUGGUCGCAAACGAUGGGCGCCGGCAAGAUUGCCAAGACCUACGGUUGCUUCGGGAUGACCGAGUUGGCCCACGGGUCUAACGUCCCUGGUUUGGAAACCACCGCCACUUUCGACGAGGAAACUGACGAAUUCGUCAUCAACACCCCGCACAUCGGUGCCACCAAGUGGUGGAUCGGCGGUGCCGCCCACUCCGCCACCCACUGUGCUACUUACGCUCGUUUGAUCGUUAAGGGCCAGGACUACGGGGUUAAAGUGUUUGUCGUCCCCUUGAGAGAUCAGGACUUCAACUUGAACCCUGGUGUCACUGUGGGUGACAUUGGUGCUAAGAUGGGUCGUGACGGGAUCGACAACGGGUGGAUCCAAUUCUCCCACGUCCGUAUCCCCCGCCACUUCAUGUUGCAGAAGUUCUGUAAGGUUUCCAGAGACGGGGAAGUCACUUUGCCUCCUUUGGAACAAUUGUCGUACUCGGCCCUUUUGGGGGGUAGAGUGGGGAUGAUCGUCGACUCCUACCGGAUGAUCGCCCGGAUGACCACCAUCGCCCUCAGAUACGCCAUCGGCAGACGCCAGUUCCCCAAGAACGGCAAGCUGGGCGAGGAAAUGCAGAUCAUCGACUACCCCUUGCACCAACGCCGUCUCUUCCCUUACUUGUCGGUGGCCUACGUCGCCUCCGCCGGGGGGAUGAAGAUCGCCAUGACCUUGUACUCGAUCAUGAACGACUUGGACAAGGCCGUCGCCGAAACCGACAUGGCGUUGCUCGGCACCACCAUCGACCGCUUGAAGCAGUUGUUCGUCGACUCCGCCGCCUGCAAGCUGAACUUGACCUGGACCGCUGCCGCCGCCAUUGACGAAUGUCGUCAAGCCUGUGGUGGUCACGGCUACUCGUCCUACAACGGGUUCGGCAAGGCCUACAACGACUGGGUGGUGCAAUGCACCUGGGAAGGUGACAACAACAUGUUGGGUACCGUUGCCGGUAAGUCGAUCUUGAAGAACGUCGCCAGAGUGUUGAAUGGCAAGAAGCUCGACGGCGUCAACGCCUUCUUGAACGACACCGCCCAAUUCACCGGCGACAACCGCAAGAAGACGAUCUUGAACUCGGCCGACGACGUCCUCAACGCCGAAACCUUCUUGAGAGCCGUCGAAGUCGGGAUCAUGAGAGCCUCGGUGGCUGCCCUCGAACAGGCCAAGGAAAACGGCGACGACUACAACUCGAUCGGCGCUGAAUUGGUGUUGAUCACCCGCUUGUGGAACCACUACUACUUGUUGGACGAGUUCAUCAAGAGAGUCAACUCCCACGACGACAAGCUGGUGGUGCCCUUCUUGCAAUUGCAAGGCAAGUACUACUCGGCCGGGUUCGCCUUGCAACAGUGCUCGGCUCUUUUCCUCUCGUUGUCGUUGAUCUCGCCCGAAGUGUACGCCGACGUCACCACCAAGGUCUUGCCUCGCUUGUCGAAGGAAAUCAGACCCCACAUUGUUGCCUACACCGACUCGUUCCAAUUGCUGGACAUGAUCGUCAACUCCGCCAUCGGCAAGUACAACGGUAACAUCUACGAGAACUACUUUGACAUUGUCAACCAGCAGAACCCGCCCAUCCAGACCAAGGCGCCUUACUCGGGUGCCCUCGAGGCGAUGUUGGCCAGAGACACUUUGGAAAAGCGCGACCGCUACGAAAAGCUGGCCGAAGCCGCUAAGGUGUUGCUGAGCUAG